AUGUCCGAAUUAUGGUACCAGCAACCUGCGGAGGACUGGAAUUCAGCCCUGCCAGUCGGGAAUGGGCGCUUAGGUGUCAUGGUGUAUGGACGUACUGAUACGGAAAUGCUACAGCUCAACGAAGAUUCCGUGUGGUAUGGAGGGCCACAAGAUCGCAACCCGCAAGACGCGCUCGGGUAUCUACCACGCCUGAGAGAGGCUAUACGCGCGGAGAACCAUGUCGAAGCCGAGAAGAUCGCCAAACUGGCGUUUUUCGCAAACCCGAUCAGCCAGCGGAACUAUGAGCCGCUAGGAAACUUAUUCUUGGACUUGGGACAUGAUCCCAGUCAGGUUACAAGCUAUCGGCGCUCGCUGGAUCUCGCAAGCGCUACAGCGCAUGUCAGCUAUGAGUACCAGGGUGUUCACUUCGAACGUGAAGUUUUGGCCAGUUACCCGGAUGAUGUGCUUGCGAUCAGAUUGCGUUCCUCAAGCAAGGCUGAGUUUGUCGUUCGUCUAACCCGCAUGAGUGACUUGGAAUUUGAAACAAAUGAGUGGCUUGAUGAUGUCAGUGCUACCAGGAACUCCAUUACUAUGCAUGUUACGCCUGGGGGAAAGAAUAGUAAUCAAGCGUGCUGCAUUGUGUCAGUUCGUUGCGAUAGUACUGAGAGUAAAAUUACCAAGAUUGGAAAUAAUCUGGUGGUGAACUCUAGUGAUACACUGCUGGUCAUUGCGGCACAAACAAAAUUUCGACAUGAAGACAUUGAUCAGCGAACCAAUCAAGAUUCAGAGGAUGCCUUGGGCCAGUCUUUGGAGGACCUCUAUGCCCGUCAUGUUGCGGAUUACCAGUCUUUGUACAACCGAAUUGAAUUGCAACUUGGACCAGACUCUCCUGACAUCCCAACCGACCAACGUCUGAAGUCUUCUCGUGAUCCAGGGCUCAUCGCACUCUACCACGAUUAUAAUCGCUAUCUCCUGAUAUCAUGUAGUCGGGAUGGGCACAAAUCACUUCCUGCAAACCUCCAGGGUAUCUGGAACCCAUCCUUCCAUCCGGCAUGGGGCUCCAGGUUUACUACCAAUGUCAAUCUUCAAAUGAACUACUGGUCUGCAAACGUGUGUAGCCUGUCAGAAUGUGAAAUUCCUCUGUUUGAUUUACUGGAGCGAAUGGUUGAGCCCGGAAAAGCCACAGCUCGGAUCAUGUACGGAUGUCGGGGAUGGACAGCCCAUUCCAACACUGAUAUCUGGGCCGAUACAGCCCCCGUUGAUCGAUGGAUGCCGGCAAGUAUCUGGCCCCUGGGUGGUGCAUGGCUCUGUUACCACAUUUGGGAUCAUUUCCAAUACACCUGCGAUGAACGAUUCCUGCGUCGCAUGUUCCCCACCCUGCGUGGAUGUGUGGAGUUUCUCCUGGAUUUCCUGGUCGAAGAUGCCAAUGGUGAAUAUCUUGUCACCAGUCCGUCCGUUUCUCCAGAAAACUCGUUCUACGACCACAAGGGUGAAAAGGGCGUGUUGUGUGAAGGAGCGACGAUCGAUAUCCAAAUCAUAGACGCUAUUCUGGACGCCUUCCAAUCUUGUGCAAAGAGACUUAAUCUCGAUGAUGCCCUUCUUCCAGCAGUUCAAGCUACAAAGUCCCGCCUCCCACCAAUGCAGAUAUCCCCUGCUGGGUAUCUACAGGAAUGGGCCACCGACUACGCUGAGGUUGAACCUGGACAUCGUCACACGUCCCAUCUAUGGGCUCUAUACCCCGGAAAUUCAAUCACGCCAACACAAACCCCGAAAUUGGCAGAAGCGUGCGGGGUAGUUCUACGUCGACGGGCGGAACAUGGUGGCGGCCAUACUGGCUGGAGUCGUGCGUGGCUGGUCAACCUACAUGCACGGUUACUCGAAGCCGAGGAAUGUAGCAGGCAUCUAGACUUGCUGUUGUCCCUGUCUACUUUGUCCAAUCUACUAGAUAGUCACCCUCCAUUCCAAAUCGAUGGCAAUUUUGGUGGUGGUGCGGGUAUUAUCGAAAUGCUGGUCCAGUCCCACGAGUCUGGGAUAAUUCGCAUCCUUCCAGCGUGUCCGAUGGACUGGACUGGAUCCAUCCGGGGAGUUCGGGCGCGUGGUGGGUUUGAACUGAAAUUUAAUUUCGAAAAUGGCCGUGUUGUAGGUGAAGUGACUAUAAUUUCGGAGCGUGGAGAGACCGUGGUUGUUUACUUCAAUGAGUUACAAGUAGAGAUUACUGGUGGUGGUGAACAUAGGAUCAACUAG